AUGGAGAAGAAUAAAUACGAUAUAGAGGUUGCAGAAAACAAUCGUUUUCUUUUUAACAAACAAAGAGAUUGGUCUAGAAUAACUUUUACCUUUUUAGUUUUUGUGUUAGGAAUAAAAACAGUUUUGUGUAUAUUAUUAUAUAUGUAUAAUAAUAUAUUAUUAUUUGUCGUGUUUUUAAUAUUAUGUGUGGUUUCUCUUUAUGGUCUUAUAGUUAAUACAAUUAAAUCUCUCGUAUUAUAUAUAUUAAUAUUAAGCUUAGUAUUAACAAGUAUUAGCCUGUGUUUUUAUAAUAUUAUAUAUAUAGAAUAUAUAUCUAAAGUUUUUGAGCAUGCGUUUCUUUCGACAGUAUUAUAUUCUACGUUCCCUUUACUCGUAAUGGAAUUAUUUGUAAGUAUAACAUAUACAUGUUUAAAAAAAAAAAAAAAAGGAUAUAUAGAAAAGCAACUAAAGGAAUUAAAAAUUGCUAUAGAUAAUACAAAUGAAGAAAAGGACAAAAAAAAUGAAGGAAAACUUUUAUCAUUACAAAUCGAUUUAGAAAAGAAUCAGCUAAACACAUGUAAUAAAGAAUACAAAUAUUAUUUAACUCAUUAUAAAAAUAAAAAAUAUAUAUGCAUAGAAAAAAAAACAGACUAUUCUAGUGAUGAUGAAAUAUAUGCAAAAUAUAUACAAGACAAAAGUAGCAACAAUAACUAUGAAGGAUAUGAUAAAUCAAAAUUAAUUAACACAAGUAAUAUUAAUAUGUUAAAUGUAAAAACAAAUAAAAAGAACGUAAAUCAUUCCAUGUCAUCAAACAGUAUGCAACAAGAUUUGAGUUUUAUACACUCCAGUAUAAACAAAUAUGAAAAAAAAAAAGAAAAAGAAAAUAAAAAUUAUGACCAGAAUAAAAAAAGCAGCAAUAGUAAUGACAAAAGUUAUAACAUGAUUCAAAAUGAUCAUAGAAAAAACAACCAGAACAAAGAAAUUGUUGACAAUAACAACAAAAGGAAUGAUAAUAAUAAUAAUAAUAAUAAUAAUAAUAAUAAUAAUAAUAAUAAUAAUUAUAAUAAUAAUAAUAAUAAUGAGCUUACACAAGUAUAUUAUAACAAUCCAAACCUUCAUCAGAACAAUUAUCAUGUCAGCAAGAACAAAAUGAAUACCACAGAAUUACAAGAUGAUAAUUUAUUUAAUAAAACAAAUCCAUUAUCAUCAGAUAAUACAGCCUCAUUUAUAUUAAAUAGUAAUAAUAUGAAUAAAUCUAUUAAUAAAGAUACUUAUGUUAAUAUGUACGAAAAGGAAGAAAAACCUCUCAUGGUCAUAAAACAAAAAGAAGAAAAUCUUAAGAAAAAUAAUGUCCUGAACACAUCCUUAUCCAGUAAUAAUGAAGAAAAUUGUAUUAUUGAAAACUUUAUAGAAAAAAAUAUAAAUGUUCAAAGGAAAGACAACAUCAAAAAGGAUACUAAAAAUAAUCAAGCCAAUGAAAUUAUGGAAAAUAAUUUUACGCUUAAUAAUUUGUACACAAAUAUUAUUACCAUGCCCCUACAAAAAGAAAAUCAAAAUAAAACAGAAGAAAAAAUAAAAAUAGAAAAUUACAAAAUUGGUCUCACGUAUGAUAUAACCAAACAAGAACAAAUAAAUAAUUAUGUUACAAAUCUAAAUGAAGAAAUUCAACAGGAGAAGAAGGAAGAAAAUCAAAUCGAAGAUUUGAACAUAAAAAAAAAUAUACAACACGGUAAUGAUUUUAUCACCCAUACAAAUAAUAACUUAAAUAUUAAUGAAGAUACAAAAAAAAUGCAAAAGGAUAUAUUUUCAGUUUUUUUAAAAAAUAAACAAGAUCAACAAAUAAUGGAUAUCAAAAGUAAAAAUGAUAACAUGGAAAUUAAGAAGGAUAGCAUCAAAAGUAAAGAUGAUAACAUGGAAAUUAAGAAGGAUGACAUCAAAAGUAAAGAUGAUAACAUGGAAAUUAAGAAGGAUAGCAUCAAAAGUAAAGAUGAUAACAUGGAAAUUAAGAAGGAUGACGUCAAAAGUAAAGGUGAUAACAUGGAAAUUAAAAAGGAUAGCAUCAAAAGUAAAAAUGAUAGCAUCAAAAGUAAAAAUGAUAACAUCAAAAGUAAGAAUGAUACCAUCAAAAGUAAAAAUGAUACCAUCAAAAGUAAGAAUGAUACCAUCAAAAGUAAGAAUGAUACCAUCAAAAGUAAAAAUGAUAACAUGGAUAAUAUGAAAAAUCAGAUCAACAUAAAAACCGAACAAGCAAAAGAUAAUAUUAAUAAGAAUAAUUUUUUGGUAACAUCAAAAGAGAAGGAACAUAAUAUAGAUACAUCCUUGAAUAAACAUCAUGUUUUUGAUAAAAUAAAUAAUUGUCAUAAUUUUAAUACUACCAAUUUAUUAAAUAGUAAAACAUUCAUAGAAAAGGAUAUAUUUCAAAAUAAUAAUAUAUUUAAUGAAGAAAAAAAUAUAAAAGAAAAGGAUAUACAAACUAUGAAAAAAAGUCAAGAUAAAGAAAUUAAUAAUGAACAUACUAAUUCAAAUAUAUUUACAAACCCUUUACAAGAAGCAACAAAAUAUUUGGAAGAAAAAAAUAAAAAAAUGGAGUAUUCUCAAAAAUUUCCAUUCUUUCUAAAUUUUACAAAUAAUGUAACAUCUAAUAGAGAUAACAAAGAACAACAAAAUAAAAAUUACAACAACAAUAAUAAUGAUAAUAAUGAUAAUAAUAAUAAUAAUAAUAACAAAAGUAAUACAUAUGACCAUUUAACUAGUUCACCUUCAACAAAAAAUAUUUUCUUUUCAAAUAAUACAUUCUUAAAUAUCAAAGAACACAAAGAUGAUAUUUAUAAAGAACAAAAACAACAAAAUAAUAAAAACACAAAAAAAAUAAAAACAUUUAAUUCUGAACCAUAUUGGAAAAGACUAGACAAAAAAGAUAUUGAAGAAUUCAAACAUUCUGUUAAUAAAAGCUAUAUGGAAAAUAUAUCUAUUGAUGAAGUUCAUCAAAAAAAUGAACAGAAAGAAAAAAAUAUAUUGUCUAAUUCAAUUAUUUCAAAUAAUUUUACAACAUUUCUAAAUAUGAAAAAAAGUGAAUAUGAUCACACAGAAAAAAUUUACGAAAAAAAUCAAGAUAAUUUACAAGUCGAUAAAACAAAUCUUGUAGAACAGGAAAAUAAAAAUAUACCUAUAAGGGUAAAUAUAAAUAAUAAUAAUAAUAAUAAUGAAGAUAAUUAUAAUGAACACAACGAUAAUAAUAUACAAGAUCCUCUUAAUGGGGGUACCUCUCAAAAGGAUAAUAUUAUCAAAGAUAAUAAUAUGAAUAAUAUACACAAUAAUAAUAAUAAUAAUAAUAUGAAUAAUAUACACAAUAAUAAUAAUAAUAAUAAUUAUAAUAAUGGUGAUAAUGUGAAAAAUAUAAAUCAUAUUAAAUCUGCAAAUAAGGAUAAUUUAACAAAGGACUCUUUUAAAGAUAACCUUAAUAUAGAUAAAGCAACAGAAAAAAAACAUACUAAUGGAAAUGUAGUAUCAUCAAAUAAUAAAGCUAAUGUAUCCAUUGAAGUAAAUACAAAUAAUCAAAAUAUAUAUGAAACUAACUCAAACACUAUUUUUAAACAGAGAAAAUAUUUCUUUGAAAAUCUAAGAAAAGAAAAAUCUUCAAACAAUAUAAUUACAAAAUAUGAUGACAAAAAAAAACAUAAUAAUAAUAAUAUUAAUAACAACGACAACAAUAGUAAUAAUAGUACUACACAAGAGAAAGUACCUUCAAACUCUUCCUUCAAUAUUAAAAAAAAUGAAAAUUCUGAUGUACAAAAGAAAUAUAGCUUAACCUCAAAAAAUAAUAAUAAUGAAGAUGAACAUAUGAAUAAAGAAUAUAAUACGACAAACACAUCGGACGGAUUAAAAAUCAUGAAACAUGUUGAGGAUAAUUUUUAUAUAAGUGAUGAUAGAAUGAUAAGUCCCUCCAAAAAAAUAGAACAUAACCAUAACACAAUUGGUAAUAAUAGUAAUAAUAAUAAUAAUAAUAAUAAUAAUAAUAAUAAUAAUAAUAAGGUAUGUAGCAAUAAUGCUAAUCAUAUAAUUGAAGAUAAUAAAUUGUUAAAUGAAAACAAACAACACAUAGGAAAAAAGGAACUCUUAAACAAUAAUUAUGAUCAUAAUAUUAAUGAUAAAGUUAAAGAUAUUCAUCAAAACAAGGAUGCCUUUUCUAAUAACAAGAGUAUUAUGGAUAAUAUAUCUAGUAUAAUUCCAAAUGAAAAAACUUAUAAUUUAGAAAAAAUUAAAAAUACAGAAUUGGUACAAAUAAAUAAUGUAACAUUAAAUAACUUUAAUUCAACAAGGAAUUCAAAUAUUAUAAAUGACGGUGAAAAUAUAUGUUUUAAUGAUUUUGUAAAUAAUAAAAAAAUAUGCUCUACUCAAACAAAAGAUGAAAAUUUGAACCAUCUUAAAAAUGUAACAAAGAUGUUAUAUGAAAGUAGGAAUGACCAUUUAUUUGAAAAACCAAAAUUUAAAGUAUUAAAGGAGGAUGUUUUUAUGACUAAGGAGGGAGAUUUCAUGAAAACGAAUGUAAACAAUAUAGAAGAAAAAGAAAAUGUUGAUGUUAAAAAUGACGAAAAAGAAAAUGUUGGUGUAAAAAAUGUUGAUGUAAAAAAUGACGAAAAAGAAAAUGUUGGUGUAAAAAAUGACGAAAAACAAAAUGAUGAUGUAAAAAAUGAGAAACGUCUCAAGUUAUUAAAUGAUGGUGUAAAAAAUGAGAAACGUCUCAAGUUAUUAAAUGAUGAUGUAAAAAAUGAGAAACGUCCCAAGUCAUUAAAUGAUGGUGUAAAAAAUGAAUGGAAAAUACCACUAUUUAGUAACAGCUUUAAGAUGUCCUCCUUUGUCAUAACUGAAAAAGAAGAAAAUAAGAAUGACGACAAAUGUGUAGACGAAAAAAAAAACAAUAAUAAAGAGAAUGAAACACACGAUUUUAAAGAACAUAAAGAACCACUUGAACAAGAUAUAAAUGAGGAUAUUAAUUUAUUAAAUAAAAAAAAUGAACAGAUAGAACAGAUAGAAGAAUUCCAAGAUGUUAUUGAACCUACCAAUGCAUAUAUAAAGCAAGAUACUGAAAUCAUCGAACCAUUCUAUGAAUAUAAAAAACAAGAAACAGAAAUUAUAGAAGUAAAUAAAGAAGAAGUAAUACAAAUAGAACUUACCAAAAGUAAUGAUAUUAAGAAAGAAGGAAAAGAUAUAUAUUCUUCAAAAGAUGAACAAAAUAACAGUAAACAGGAAGAAUUACAAUAUUAUAGUAACAAAAUUAAUGGAGAUAUUAAUAUUGAUAAACAUAUUUCUAUAAAUUCAGAAAAUAAAAUAAACGAUCAAUUUGAAAAAAAUAGAAAAGAUGAUAAAGAACAAAAUACAAUAAUAAAAGAACCACUGGAAGAAUAUAAAAAUAAUGAACAUGAAAAAAAUGAUAUAAAAGAAUCUGCAAAAGUUCACAAACCAGAUUUACACACGCUAGUCCUUAAUAAUGAGGUAGAAACACCAGAAAUGUUAGGAAAAUCACAAAUACAGAAUCAAGAUAUAAAUACAUUUCGAAAUAACGAAAUUAAAGUUUUAGAAAAUGAAGUAAAGAACCAAGAGAAUGUAGACAAAAAUGAAGAUAAUGAAAAAAAACAAAAUUUUGAUACAACAGAAACAACUAAUGUUCACCAGAAUGAAACCAACAAGAAUAAAAGCAACAAAAAAAAUAACAGAAAAAAAAAUAAAAAAAAAUAA